AUAUCACAUUCAUAUGAACAUGCCUUAUGGCAUGUAAUCCCAUCAGAUCUUUUCGGCUCCGUCAUCCUGAUACUGUGAGACAACACAAAUAGCCAGCAUAAAUCCAGAGAGCUAUGUAUGUAGAUAGCAAUCAAACUCAUGUGGUCGUGUAGCAAAAACAUUUCCAUUGUACUGGAGACCACUGCUCAUUUGCUUUUAACGCGAAACUUUCAUCAUCGUUGUCAAGUUCAUCCAUGUGAUAUGUGCGACAAUUGCUUUUGGGCAUUUUAUUGUGGCUCCCCGUAGCACCAUGUACAUGUACGAGGGGUAUCUCUGCCAGUUUGGAUAAUAGAAUUGUCGAUUUAAUAGAAUUCGAAACUUUUCAAGUCACAAUGGCUAUAAACUACGUGUGCUUCCAACUAGUGUUUGACUUGUUCAUACCCUCGUUUAUAAUCUACAUUUAAACCAAAUCUGUAGUUUCAUAAACAUAUAGAAAACAGGAAACACAUCUUAAGCCAGUGACUAACUUAAUGCUUAAUCAUACUAUAAAUAUUGUGUAUUUUAUUGUGUAUCAUUAUAUUUCGUGUACUUGCAUUUAAAAGCGCAAUUUGAUGGAAAUUACAAGGGAUAUCCCACAUUCGUUACUUCAAGCUCAAUUUCUUUGCUGUAUCGAGUGGCUCUGCUUGUGGCUCUUUUCUAAAUAAGCUCCACAGCAGGUGGACAUGUGUUUCUCUCUGGGAUUGUGGCGCUCUGCCGAGCUUCCGCUCGCUGGAAAACUGGAGCACUGGCGAAUCGGUGGCCUGGAGAACCGAGUGCCCAAGCGAUUCAAUUUAGUGAGUCGCGCACUUUGGAACGCAGCAGACGUCGCUGGUUUUUUUUUGGGGGGGGAAAACGAUCUCGAUCUCGAUAACGACAGCGUCAGAGUUGGAGAUGUUUUUGAUUCCCAUGUUUGUCAAAAUUCUAGGUGACUUUUUUUCGUCUGUCGAUUUAAUUAAAAUUUCAGAGAUCGAUAUACGCGCGCGUGGUGCGAAUCGCUGUGAGCGGACGUGAGUUUCAGGGAUCCAGAAGUCGGGAAGGCGGCGGCUAGAGAAGUGCCUCAAAACUAAGCUAAAAAAAGAGCGGUAGCAAAGAACAGCGUGUUCAAGCCAAACAAAUGAUAAGAUAGAACUUCGCUUCGAUUGUCGCAGAAACGAGGAGGAGAUAAGCGGUGUGGAGCAGAGUGAAGAGCAUUGGACAUCCGGAUAGCAUCCCAAAAUCAUAGACGAAAUCAUCACCACUCACAGCGCCCAUGUUCGUGGACCCGUGGCAAUGGAAAUAAGUGUGAUAACCGAACCCACAGAAGCACUAGAAACCAAUAGGGAGGCACGCAGCUAAAACGGAUCACAAGACCAUGCGCAGCGGGCGAAGCUAUGGCCAGCGGCAGAGCGACACGCUGGAGAGCAGCUUCGAGCUGGAGGAUUCCGAGGCGGAACAGGUCAAUUCACCGACGGCAGCCAAGGGUGAGCCGUCGGCACCCGGCGAUCGAGAUCGAGAGCGGGAGCGGGAGCGUCAGGAGUCGGGUGAACAGACGGACAGUUUGAGCACCCGCAGCAGCAGUUCGACGCCAACAACGGCGGACGUGGCCGAUGUGGAGACCAUCAGCUCCCUGCCGCUCUCUCCUCCCGCCUUUGGCGAUCGUGGCAAUCAGCUGGUCAAGCGGCACUCUCCGCUGAAGGACAAGCAGCAGCAGCAGCAGGCGGACAGCAGCUCCAGCUCCAGCUCCAGCUGCAGUCAGCAGCCCGAUGCGGACGAUGUGCCCACGGUAAGUGGGUGCGAUCUGCGGCAGAGUCCGCCCUCUAAUGCCGCCUCCUCAUCCUCGUCCUCCACCUCAACUUCCACAUCCCCGCAGACAUCGCGGUAUGCAGCUGCAGCGGCACAUCCCAGCGCGGCAUUUGCGGAAACGGCGAUCACCGCGUCCUCGGCAGCGGGCCGUGUAUGCGGCGGAAGCGGAGGAGCCGCCCACAGGCGCACCCACUCGGCCGCUUCCUACAUCUCGAUGAGAUCGCAGGGCGGCAACUCGGAGGCGACUCCGGAGCGACCAAAGCGGAACCGCUUCUUCGAGUGGAUACGCGUUGUAUGCAACAUCUGCUGCUGCAAGAGUUCCGGCAUCGGGGAGCCGAGUGUUCAUCAUGCGCUGGUUGUGAUAUUUCUAGAGUUCUUCGCCUGGGGCCUGCUGACGAUGCCCAUAAUAUCGACUCUCAACCAGACGUUCCCGGAUCACACAUUCCUUAUGAACGGCCUGGUCAUGGGCAUCAAGGGCAUCCUGUCGUUCCUGUCGGCGCCGCUGAUUGGCGCCCUUUCGGACAUCUGGGGCCGAAAGUUUUUCCUAUUAGUCACAGUAUUCUUCACCUGCCUGCCCAUACCGCUGAUGUCCAUCAAUACGUGGUGGUUCUUUGCCAUGAUCUCAAUUAGCGGCGCCUUCGCCGUCACCUUCUCGGUGGUGUUUGCCUACGUGGCGGACGUAACUACGCCGGAGGAGCGAUCAAAGGCCUAUGGCCUGGCCUCGGCCACAUUCGCCGCCAGUCUGGUCAUCUCGCCGGCUCUGGGCAAUGCCCUGAUGGAGAUGUACGGCGACACGCUGGUCGUGGCCCUCUCCACGGCCAUUGCGCUGCUCGAUGUAUUCUUCAUAUUGGUGGCCGUGCCGGAGAGUCUGUCCGAGAAGAUGCGCCCCGCCUCCUGGGGGGCGCCUAUCAGCUGGGAGCAAGCGGAUCCUUUUCUGGCGCUGCGCAAAGUGGGCACCGAUAAGACCGUACUGAUGCUGUGCCUCACCGUGCUGUUAUCCUAUCUGCCCGAGGCAGGGGAGUACUCCUGCAUGUUUGUCUAUCUGAAGCUGAAGAUGGGCUUCAACUAUGUCGAGGUCUCGGUCUUCAUAGCCAUAGUGGGCAUCCUCAGCAUCACGGUGCAAGUCACACUCGGCUCCUUCAUGCAAGUGUUUGGAGCCAAGCGCACGAUCAUAAUGGGCCUAGCCCUGGAAAUCGUGCAGCUGCUGUGGUACGGCUUUGGCAGUCAAAAGUGGAUGAUGUGGUCGGCUGGCGUUGUGGCUGCCCUGGGCUCCAUCACGUAUCCCGCCAUCAGUGCUUUUGUAUCCCUAUAUGCGGCUCCCGAGAGUCAGGGUGCUGUUCAGGGCAUGAUCACGGGCAUGAGGGGUCUGUGCAAUGGCCUGGGUCCGGCGGUCUUCGGCGUCGUCUUCUACCUGUUUAACGUGGAUCUGAACGACGACCACGACUCGCACGCGAAGAGCAGCGGCAGCCGGGCGACGAACGUGGAGAAGAUCUCACAGCAUGUGCCAGGUCCGCCCUUCGUGUUUGGCGCCUUGUGCGUCUUCUGUGCCAUAAUAGUGUCAGCGUUCAUUCCGGAGGGACAGACUUCCAACUUGGAAAAGAAACGUGCCUCGCUAGACGUGCAGUACGAGAUUGAGACGGGUCACAAAGCGCCCAGCUCCCUGGCGCCGCUCAUCCGCUCCGACUCGCUGGCGCAGCUGUAGUGCGCUCCAUCGCCGGCGUCCUAUCCACACAACUUGAAUGCAGCUGGUGGCUAUAGAUACGUAUAAGCAGUGUUAAGGAGUUAAGGAUUUUGUAACUGUAACAAAUGCUGUAACUAGUUUGGCUUUAGUUUUCGAGUCUAUUAGGUGCAUAUAUAACGCAGAUCAGGCCGAGAUAAUGUUAUUGUUUUGAUGGUUAGAUCUUCGUUUUACCAUAGUUUCCACAAAGCACCUUGCCACACCACAAACCACCUCAGCCCAAUUAUAUUUCUUAACUAAUUUAUUAUCGCCUAAGUAACGUAGUCACAUAUAUUCGAUUCGAUUGGCCCGUGUGCUUGCCCGCUUUUCCGGCUUUUGGCUUCUGGCUUCCGUUUCCGUUUCCUUUUGCUUUGCUUUUGCGAGUGUUGGUUCUCUUUGGGUUGGGAUUACAUCACAGCAGACAGGUGUUAGAGCUAAUAAUGUUUUGCAACAACAACAAAAUAACUGCCAAAUAAUAAAAAAAAAACCAAGUAAGUGUAAUCCGAUAUCUUCGAAUGAAAUGAAACCGCGUAAAUUCAGCACAGCACAAUACUGCAUCCCGCAUAUCGAUCGCAUUUCUAAUUUAGUUCACUCCAAAGCCGUUUAGUUACAACACUUAGGAAGAGGAAAAUCCAAAUAAACUGAAUACCAAGCUUUACUUUGAAAAUCGUAGUGAUUUAAAGUCUAAACUCUAAAGAAAUAAAUUUGCAAAUUAUAAUGAAUGGGGUCACAAACUAGGCGACUUUAACCGAAAAACCACAAGGUAUAUAAGAGAGAAAUAUGUAUAUACAUAUAUAUGUAUAUAUAAAUAGAGAGAUAUAUGUAUGGGCACUGACACAAAUCGAAAUGUUUUUAAUUUAGCCGUAUGCGAAGUUAGCGCCUCCGAUCAUGUGCAACGCUGUAGUUUUUAUUUUGAUAAUAACGCAACUAAUUGCAGAGCCUUCAACAAAGUCAAUGCUUGAACGUAUAGGGAGCACACGUGCAUGUGUAUGUAUAGUAUAGUACCAUAGAUAUCAAAGUUAUAUUUUUCGAUGUUGCUACAAUCGUGUAAAACUCCCCCACUUGCUCCUCCACUCCCCCACUUACCCUCCCACAAAUGAAAACAUGCCGACAUAGGACGUACGUACAUACACAUCCACCCGUGUGAGCAGUGGACAGGUGGUCAAUGGAGUAGCGCCCCUUUGGAAAAAACUUUGGGGGCUACGAGAUACAGAGACAGAACAUAUACGAGAAAACUGAACCCAAAUUUUGAUUGUAAAUUAUUUAACGUCUAACAUAGUGUUUUAAACGAAACCAAAAUAAACAAAAUUGUUUAAUGAAACGCUA